UUAGAUUUAGUUUAGUAAAAUGUUUUUAACUGUACUGCUCUGACAUAUUUUCAACACCAAAGUAGGAAAUGUCUGAGGAUCUUCUGAAAGAACCUCUUCCUGAACCAUGGACAUUCGGAGUUACCAAUGACGGAAGAGUGUUCUUUAUUAAUGAUGAAGAAAAGAGGACAACAUGGUUACAUCCUGAUACGGGGAAACCAGUUCGAAGUGGGCUGAGGUCAAGACCAGAUUUGCCUAAAGGAUGGGAAGAAGGCUUCACAGAAACUGGAGGUUCCUAUUAUGUCAAUCACAACAAGGGGUUAACCACCUUUAGCUUCCCAGACAACGCAGAUGAAAAAUCUAAAGUUCAGAAACGACCAAAAGUAAAAUCGAAUGAUCACUUAUAUCAAAACAUCAGUACAGAAGCAAUUAAUCAAGAAAAGAAAAAACGCAGGAAUUCCUCUUUUCUCGAAAGAUCUGGCAUCAAUAUAUUCAGAAGAAGCAGUAGCAAAGCAAGAGAAAAACCAGAACAAAUAGUUAAGCAACCUUCUAAAAGAGUGAAAGAGAAAAAAGAAAAGCACCGAGAGAAAAAAGAAAAGCACCGUGAGAAAAAACAGAAGCCUGAGAAAAAAACAAAAUCAGCCAGACCCACAUCUGCAACUAGUAUACGAUCGACGCAAAGUAAAGGAAGUAUGAGAUCAAAGAUGAUGGCAUCAUGGCGAGAUCCGAAGCAAAAUGUAAUAAAAUCGGGAUGGUUAUAUAAACAGGACAGCACUGGUAAAAUGAAAAUGUGGAGAAAGAAGUGGUUUGUUCUUGCUGACUUUUGUCUGUAUUACUAUAAAGAUUCUAAAGAAGAUGAAAUAUUGGGAAAUAUCAUUCUUCCCAGCUACACUGUGAGCACAAUGACUGCCGAAGAUAAAAUAAGUCGGAAAUAUGCAUUCAAGGUUGAGCAUACGGGAAUGAAAACAUACUAUUUGAGUGCGGAUUCAUAUAAUGACAUGGCCCAGUGGAUAACCGCCCUUAGGAAAUCAUGUUGUCUAUCACCACGUAAGGACCAAGAAACGUCAACAGAACCUGUUUCAGAUAAAGAAUCAGAUACCUCAGACGAGAUUGAUAGUAAAGGAACGGAAGUUACCAAAAACAAGAAACGAGACUCGAGUGAAUCACGAAAGAAAAAAACAGUGGAAGACGAUGACAGUGAAUUUGGUUUUAAUCAUGUUAAUGUCAGACCAGCUUCAUCAACGACAUCAAGUCAAUCUGCAAAACAUGAACAACCCAGCAACAAAUCAUCACCAUCAGCUAAUUUAUCGUCUAAUAACAAUAAAUAUGAUCCAAAUGUUCAUCAUAGAAACGGUCGAAUUCCUGCUGAUUCUCGCCAAAGUUCUCAGGGACAAAAGCAACUGAGUGGCCAAGCUCAUGGCCCUAGAAAAGUACAAGAUAGUUAUCAACAAAGGAGUGUACCCAACGCUGGUACUGCACGAUCUCCAAGUGGGAGAAAGGAUCCACAGCAUAGUGCUAAAGAUGGAAGACAACACAGACCUACUCAUCGACAAGAUCAAAAUGUACCUCCCAUGAGACAAGGUCCUCAUCCUCAACAUAAAAAUGUAAGAAGAGAGAACGGUGAAUCUGCUUACUUUUCAGAUACAUCUGGGGCUACAGAUAGCAGUCGAUUCGCAAAUUCAAGUGAUCGUGGUAAUGUUCAACAUAGACAACAGAAUGGUCAACAACAUGCUCCACCUCAAGAAAAGUCAAAAGUCAAAAGACAAAACUCUCUUGUUAAAUUAGGAGACUGGGUUAUAAAUCAGAAAAUGAGACAAUCUGGUGGCAACUUGAAUUCUCCACAACGGAGCAAUUUCGAUACUGCAAGUGAAUUCAGCUCAGUGAGUCAGCAACAUACAAGAAAAAGACUUCGUGAGUGGGUUACAAAUAACAAAAGUGCAACAAUGAGUGCAAGAGGACAACCACAACAGAGAAUGGGUCCACCAUCUAGUCGUCGUUACAGAGCUAGAACUUAUAACGAAUACAUGGACCCAAUGGAAGUAGCAUCAAGUACAAUCAGUAUGCCUCCUCUACAACAUAUGAAUGCAAAUAGAAUGAAUAAUAGGGCGAAGACAAUGCCCAGACCACAAUCUGCGGAGAGAGUUGACAAAAUGGGUCGUCCACUGAGAAUGCCUGAUUCUGGACAGAGAAUGAUGUCAUCUAAAAGUGCUGGAAACGUAAUGCUUGACCAAUAUGGAAAUCCAGUAUCACCACAACAAAGACAACAUAGUGGAAAUACGUCCGCUAUCAAAAAAGCUAAAUCCGAGUACGUAAUCCAAGAUGAUGACUUCCAGAGGCAAUAUAUAGCGAACUUCAAAAUAGCUCAAUCUCGUGAGAAUCAAGUAUUUUUAGCACCACGACAACAACGGAGAUCUCAACAGCGACCACAAUCUGCUGGUAGAGCAAGUACAAAUAGUAGUAGCGGUGGAACAACACCCAGAAGAUCCCAAAAUCCUCCGAAAUCAGCUGGAACUCCGAACGAUGUAUUCACACCACGAUCCGAUGCAUCAUCAGCAAGAAGUAAUAGAGAUCAACAACAAGUUUUUCAGUUUGACACAUCUAACAACAAACAUUAUUUGUCACCUUCAUACAAUGGAGUACCAAGACCUACGACCUUAACACCAGGUUCAAGACAACCUGAUACAGGUGUUGAAGUUAAACAAAUACAAAAGGGUCAACUGAGAGCGUUCUGCUUGUCUGCUAAAUCCCCACCAGCCCAGUUGCCUCCUCCUGAAAGACAAACCCCACUUAAAUCAACAGAAAAUCUAUCGAGAAUGCCACACAGUGUUGCCAAUGACAGAGAUGUUGAGACUAAAUUAAAGAGAUUGAAUGAUUGUGAGAGAGGAUUUCAACAAAUAUCUGAUGAUGUGACCAACUUACUUUCUGAAAAAGAACGUCUUGAGGCCGAAUUAUCAAUUGCUAAAUUCAAGGUUCGGAAUAGACAUUCAACAGGAGAGAAAACCCAAUUAGAUAUGGAACAACAUAAACUUGAACAAGAACUUGGCAAUGUCAAUGCUCAACUUGCUAAUUCAGUGCAGAAAUUAAAAGAAAUGGCACAACAGAACGAUAAUUUUAAUUAUGAAAUAAAAAGAUUGAAAGCGAAUAUUCUUGAAGAAAUAAAAAAACAGAGACCAAUCACUGAUGAUGUUUAUGACAAUGUUUCAAAUCAAAAUAAAGAGAAUAAGAGAAGACUGGAGUGGGAGUUGGGUCGAGUUGAAUUCAUUAUCGAAGGUCUCAACAAACAAAAAUCUGAUAUCAUAGACAAACUCAGAAGUAUAGAUUUAAAUAAAGGAGAUGAUAGUCCACUUUUAUCACCCAAAACCCCACCAACCAGUAUUUUAUCAGCGAAUACAAGAUCUCCUCGAGAUGUGAAAAGAACAUCAAUGGAACGAAGAACAACUCCAAACCGUCCUUCCUACAGCAGUACAUCAAGCAGUGGCACACCAAACUCUACACCUGUCAAAAAGUAUUUCACUCUGCCUGGAAGAGGAGUUACUCAUGCAACAAGUGUCGAUAGCAUGACUGCCGAAAGUUUGGCGAAACAAUCUCCUCGACCAACUUCAGCUAGAUCUGUAUCAAGUAUUGGAUCCUCUAACUUGAGUAAUUUACAUCGAACAAGAUCAGCUGCAGAGAGAUUAUUUCAAGCUCCGUACUCAAAUCAAAGUUACGAUUACGAAGCGAAAGAGAUGAAAAGAUUGCAGAAGGAAAUUACAAGGAAUCGACGCAACAACUUAAAAUCUGGUAGUGUGGGUGACAUGCCUGGUGGAAUGACUUUACCGGCACGAUCACAUAUGAAAGUGGGGAUCGAUGUUCAGAUGGCUCUGAAGCAUCAUCGAAUGCCAAAGGUUCUACAAAGAGCGAAACGUGACAUGGCUCGUGCAGAACAAGACAGAAUGAAUCAUCAAAUAGAAUUAGAUAUCGAUGAUUUGGAAAGACAGGUCAAUCCUAAAAGUUCUGGUUUAUAUGGAUACAGCUAUGAUCAAGUAAGAGAAACCAUCGAUUCUGCGAGACAACUGGAAACUCACCCAGUUCAUGACAAUGAUGACAAUGAAAUCACAGUAGAUGUUAACCUUACACAUCAGCUUAUAACGCCUGGUAAAGUCGAGAUUCCAGAAAGGUAUGUGGAAUAUGAGGAUAUCGAAUUAUCUCCUGCGGAAGAAAAAAUGAAAUACAAAAAAAUGGCAGCUAUUGAAAGGAUUCUUGCCAAAUCAGGACAACAAGCGUCACUUCCCGCCGUCCACUUAGCUGCUGCGUUGGCAGUGGAAGCGGGUUCGGUAGCACGAGCCGUAGCUAUGCACGCGUCAGUCCCCCAAAGGCAUCCAGGGGACGGCCAGAAGGAACAACCACUAGUGGGGAGGGAGAGACCAGUAACGGACGGGUCAUCAUCGGCGGGGGAGGAUCUGGAAGUGGAAAUGGGAUCGUCACUACUGCAGCAGGAUCCGGAAUAUACCGCAGCGUAUAUAGUAUGAAAUUGAAUAUGUGAUUUGUUAGAUACGCAUAUGAAGACGUAUGGUCAAGAUGCUGUCUCCCACGGUUGAAAGCAUUUUAUUUCAUGUUCCUAUGUGUCACAGUAAUAAAUA